UUCGAAUACACCACAGCUUUUGGUCUAGAAGAGCUCAAGGAAUGCGUCAAAAUGCCAUAUUUACCAGAAUUGCAAAGUUGCCAGAAAACUCUAAGUUCAACUCCACUAGAGGGUCAUAGAAGACUGCUGCAUCCAAACGUUGAGAUGCCUAAAAUCAGGCCAACUCUCUGGCCUGUUCAAGACAAGUACUGUGUCUUGCUCAUCUUUGUAUCUCGGCAUGCCUAUGCUAGGUCUCUCUUCAGUGAUCCUCUCUCUGGAGCACCACCUCAAUACUUACAGAGACUUUCUAAAAUGGCCGUACUAGAAUAUGACACCAUUCGUCAAGAAACAACCAGAAAAUCAAAAAAAAGCAAGAAACAUGAACUGCGAGACUGCUGA